AUCAAACCAUAUGAAAAAGUCCAAAAUAUUAUAUUAGCCGUUACACUCCACGCGUCCACCCUCCUUGUCUUAGCCUACCAUAUAUUCAAAUAUUCCAUUUUUACCCUUUGGCCACCCAACUCAUAAGCUCUUUUUUAAAUUAUUUUUUGAUGUUGGGAGUAGAGGGAGAGAAGAAAAGGAGGGAAAUGGGUGUAGGGGUGGUGGAGGAGAAGGUUUAUCCUGCGCCCCUUGCCUUACAUGAAGAGGUUAUGAACAAGCCUGGAGUUUUCAUGGACACUCUAAGACGUUUUCAUUCUACCCUUGGAACAAGAUUCAUGAUUCCUAUUAUUGGAGGGAAAGAGCUUGAUUUGCAUCUUUUAUAUGGAGAGGUGACUAAAAGAGGUGGCUUUGAAAAGGUUCUUGGGGAGAAGAAAUGGAGAGAUGUGAUUGCAGUAUUUAAGUUCCCGCCAACUACAACAAGUGCAUCAUUUGUGUUGAGAAAAUACUACAUUAGCUUACUUCACCAUUACGAGCAGGUUUACUUCUUUAGAUUGCAAGGCCCAUUAAUCCCUCCAGCUGUGACGAAUGCAGUGAAGAGUCCGCCAUGCAAACCUGCGAACACAAAUGUAAUCGAAUCUGCUUCUGACUCGAUACAGCAGCGGCAGAGAAAAAGAGCCUUUUCAAUUUCCCAAAUCGGAGCGCCUUUGAAUAGUCCCGUGACGGGAAAGAUUGAUGGUAAAUUCGACAAUGGCUACUUUGUGACUGUGAAAUUGGGUUCAGAGAUCCUCCAUGGAGUGCUCUAUCACUUGCCGGCUACCGGCGCUUCUACCUCUUUGGGAAUCCCAGGUGAUGCUGUUGAUCCUUUGGCCGCACCACGCCUUCAUCGGAGGAGGAAGAGAGGGGGGAGAAGGCGGGACCCAGCGCAUCCAAAACCCAAUCGGAGCGCCUACAAUUUCUUCUUUGCCGAGAAACAUUCCAAGCUCAAACUCUUAUACCCACAGCGAGAAAGAGAGUUCAGUAAAAUGAUUGGAGAAUCCUGGAACAAGCUCUCCCAAGAAGAGAGGAUGAUCUAUCAGGACCGUGGAUUGAAGGACAAGGAGAGAUACAAGAGGGAGAUGCAGGAGUACAAGGAGAGACUGAAGCUGGUGCAGCCCAAGGAAGUUGCAAGAGCUGGCCCUUCAUCUCACACAGAAAUGAAUGGCUAAUACAAAAGGAAAGGAAGAACAACAUAUACACAGUACACAUGCUUGAUUAGGUACACAAACACAUUCCCUAAAACACAAACAUUACUGCAUUUUACUCCUUCGUGCAAACAAACACAUUCCCUAAAACAUACACAUUACUGCAUCUUACUCCCGCAUGCAAUUAGUUGCAAGGAAUUACAGAGAAAUAUGAAUAGUACAGUUGAGGUUGA